AGAUAUUUACUUUAUAUAUAAGCUGUUAGUUGUGUCAUCAAACAUUUCUAAAAGAAAAGAUGGAAUUCGUCAAAAUUGUUUUCUUCAUCUCUCUCAUCUGUGGCUUGUCCGCGAAGCUUAAAUUGCCCGCUGGAACCUGCGUUUCCAAGAUCGUGAAUGGGAAACUUGUCCAAGUUGGAGAUUGCCAGAAAAACGAUGGAUCCGAUAUCGUCAGAUUGAUCAAAAAAAGUCGCGAUGAGAAGAAAAAAACUGAAAUUAAAUGUGAUUUCAAAUACAAUUCAAAAUGCUUCCGGAUAGUUACGUAUGAUGUACAGAACGUCACCUUCAACGAUUCUGAAUCUAUUUGCAAAUCAAUGAACAUCGGGAAACCCGCGAAUAUUUACAACCUCACUCACUACCAGAUGUUGCUCACUCACCUGCGUCCACGGAUACCUGCUGGUUGGUCAUGGAUUGACAUCUGGACUGGGAUGCAGUAUAAGAACAAUCAGCUUUUGCUGUCAAGUGGAGGAAGUAUCACACUCGCAACAGAAGUGUGGUAUCCUUAUUAUCCAAAUCUCGAUGAAUCGUGGACAAAUGUAGGUGUUGCUGUCGAUAAAGAUCAAACAUAUCAGGGAAUAUUCAAUAGAAUACCAUCUUGGCCAAUCCACGGCGUCAUCUGUGAAAUAUAA